AUGGGGAUGAAGAAGACAUAUGUGGUAGAGAUUGAAAAAGCAAAAGAAGGGGACGAAAGUAGGCCGUCUGUUGGUCCUGUUUACCGCAAUGUGCUAGCAAAACAUGGAUUCCGACCGCUUCCUGAUGCUCUCCAUACUUGCUGGGAUGUUUUUCGUUUAUCAGUUGAGAAAUAUCCUGAUAAUCCGAUGCUUGGGCAGCGAGAGAUGAUUGAUGGCAAGGUUGGUAAAUAUGAGUGGUUAACUUACAAGCAAGUAUAUGAUACGGUAUUGAAGGUUGGAGAUUCUAUCUGCAGUCGUGGAAUUCAGAAAGGGGCACGAUGCGGAAUAUAUGGGAUAAACUGCAUCAAAUGGGUUGUAGGCAUGCAGGCUUGCAAUGCUCAUGGCCUUCAUUGUGUCCCUUUAUAUGACAGUUUAGGUGCUGGUGCAGUGACAUACAUCAUCUGUCACGCACAGAUCUCCAUCGUAUUCGCAGAAGAAACUAAAAUUUCUGAGGUAUUGAAAACAUUUCCUGAUACCGCCAACUACUUGAAAACGCUUGUCAGCUUUGGCACCGUUACAAACCAGCAGAAGCUAGAUGCUGAAAAAUGUGGUUUGGAUAUUUAUCCUUGGCAAGAAUUCUUGCAUCUGGGAACCAAGAACCAAUUUGACUUGCCGCCUAAGACGAGAAGUGAUAUAUGUACGAUCAUGUACACUAGUGGAACCACGGGCGAACCAAAGGGAGUUAUGAUAACAAAUGAAAGCAUUCUUUCCAUUUUAUCUGGAGUAAAUCACCAUCUAGAGAGCAUGAAUGAAGAGUUUCGUGUGAGCGAUGUAUAUUUUUCAUAUCUACCUCUAGCACAUAUAUUUGAUCGGGUCGUUGAGGAGUUAUUCAUUUCCACCGGUGCCUCAAUAGGAUUUUGGCGUGGGGACGUGAAAUUAUUGAUUGACGAUCUCAAAGAGCUAAAGCCAACUGUCUUCUGUUCUGUUCCCCGUGUGCUAGACAGAAUCUAUUCAGGUUUGGUAGAGAAGAUCUCUUCAGGCGGUUUCCUCAAACAUACUUUGUUUAACAUUGCCUACAACUACAAACUGCGGAACAUGAGUAGAGGGUACAAGCACGAAGAAGCAGCACCAAGGUUUGACAAGAUUAUCUUUAGUAAGGUGAAAGAAGGUCUAGGAGGAAACAUACGUCUUAUCUUGUCUGGAGCAGCACCUCUUUUGGCUUCUGUGGAAACCUUCUUACGAGUAGUGACAUGUGCUCAUGUUCUACAAGGAUACGGUUUAACAGAAACCUGCGCGGGAUCAUUUGUUGCACAACCAAAUGAAUUAACAAUGAGUGGCACGGUGGGACCUCCAUUGCCAAACGUUGAUGUAUGUUUAGUUUCAGUCCCGGAAAUGGGAUACGAUGCCCUGGCCAGCACUCCGAGAGGAGAAAUUUUGUUACGUGGAAAUUCCUUGUUCUCGGGAUACUAUAAACGUGAAGACCUCACCAAAGAGGUGCUUGUAGACGGAUGGUUCCAUACAGGGGAUAUUGGCGAGUGGCAACCAGAUGGAAGCAUGAAAAUUAUCGACCGAAAAAAGAACAUAUUUAAGCUUUCACAAGGAGAAUACGUUGCAGUUGAGAAUUUGGAAAACGUAUUCUCCUAUGUCCCUACCAUUGAUGCGAUAUGGAUAUAUGGCAACAGCUUUGAGUCCUUCCUAGUUGCGGUUGUCAACCCAAACCAAGAAUCAAUCGAACAUUGGGCAACAGAAAACGGAGUUUCUGGUGAUUUUUCUACCAUCUGUGAGAAUCCCAAGACAAAUGCUUAUAUUCUAGGAGAGCUAACGAGUAUCGCUAAAGAGAAGAAGUUAAAAGGUUUUGAAUUCAUUAAAGCUGUUCAUGUUGACCCCCUGCCGUUUGACAUGGACCGUGAUCUGCUCACUCCAACAUUCAAGAAAAAGAGAGCCCAGUUUCUUAAAUACUACCAGAAUGUGGUGGAUGGUAUGUAUAAAAGCAGCAGGAGAUGAUUCCAGAUGCUCCAUUACAUGAAUUGGAUGAAACUUUGAAAGUUGGUUCCUAUAAUUGUACUUCUAUUUUCAAAUUAAACUUUUGUCUGUUCUUAAAUCGUAAACAUGUAUCGUAUCAACUUGUCUACA